AUGAAGUCAAACACUUCAAAACAGAGCCAAAUCAAGAAUAUACAGAAGGCGGUACAGUGUGACCCAGACAGUGAAUACAUCACCCCCGAGCUGUUUGAGCUGCAGAAACUCUUCUGGCAAGGCACAGGAGCAGCUUACACCCACGUCAACGAGGUCUGGCCCAGUGUCUACAUCGGUGAUGAAAAGACAGCACUAGAACACCACAAGCUGGGGAAGAUGGGGAUAACGCACAUCCUCAAUGCAGCAGAGGGAAAAAGGAACAGUGUUGCUACAGGUCCAGACUACUACCAUGGCAUGAACAUUUAUUAUGUGGAGGCAGAAGACAUCACAGCUUUCAACCUUGCACAGUUUUUCUACCCGGCAGCUCAAUUUAUUGACCAUGCACUCAGCAAUCCAGAGAGUAAACUGCUUGUGCACUGCGUCAUGGGACGAAGUCGAUCGGCUACUGUAUUUUUGGCUUAUUUAAUGCUCUCCAAGUGCAUGACUGUUGUUGAUGCGAUUGAACACGUGAAGAAGCAGCGCUGAAUUUUACCCAACAGGGGAUUUCUAAAGCAACUCCGAGACCUGGAUAUUCAGCUGCAAGACAAAGGCACAAGACACAAUCUAAGAAUCCAGACAACACAGGCCGAGACUCGCAUCCGAAUUAAUUACGUGGCGCACAAGUUUGUGCCGAAUAAAAUGACGCACAGAACGCAGAAGCAGGCUAUUUUUACCAGUAGCAUACCUCAGGAGAUUUUUGCCUAAUUACAUAUUUAAAAUCAAAAAGUUCAUUUAAAAAAAAGUUUGAAUCCAAUUGUGACUCCUACGAUUGGAAAGAGCUGAAAUGAUGCAAGCAUGAAGUAACAGCACACAGGGAAACAAACAGUUCAGAGUUGGGCUUAAGUCUGUCAGUGGCUCAUCAUAAUUUAUUUUCUGCUAAAAUGUACAGCAUUUAAGUGACUGACUAAAAAGGUAACUCAUAAAUACAGGACUGUUGCUCCAUUAAUUAGUAUAGUCAGGAUAUCCCUCUUACAUCAGACUGCCAUUCUGUACAGGUACAAAGGCUACAAAAUAAGCUAUACAAACAGACACCAAUACAAUUUCUCUUUAUACAUGCCAUCUGUUUUGUCUAUUAACAAGGCUACUGUUCUACAUUUCAGUAAAAUAUAAAUCAGAUGUUUUAUAAAGAUAAAAAAAUUUACAUGUGGAAUGAAAAUGCAUGUUUAAAGGCAUUUCAUAAAAGACCAACUUUGGGAGUAAAUUGACAAUUUUCUGAA